ACGAGUUUGGCGAUUUGGAUCGGGCGCAUACAUUAACCCAGCACGCCUCACACACGCGGCCAUGAUGACAUGAGUACCCGCGCUCGGUCAUCCAAUGAUCCCCCCAUCCCCGCCAAGCGCUACUUUGACGCGUCGCCGACAUGGUUCGCGUGGAACCACCUGACCGCCGCCGACGUCGCUGCCUUGCGCACCGAGCCCGCCUUUGAAGGUCAACACAUCUACUUCCACCUCAACCACCCCAUCCACUUUGUCCGCCUGGUCGGCCUCCUCUCCUAUGUCGAGAUCAAGGCCGGCCGGUAUCUUCUCCUCACCCUCGACGAUGGCAGUGGUGCAUGUAUCGAGGUCAAGACGACACUGCGGGAGCGCAAGGCCGGCGACAACGCGGAGUACCCGUCCAACACCCUCGUCGACAAUGUAGAUGUGCAUAUUGAGCUCAGCCUACCCUGCCUCCGCAUCAACAAUGAACCCGUGGAGAUUGGCGCCGUCAUCAAGGCCAAGGGCACAAUCGACACCUUCCGCAACACGCGCCAGCUCAAGCUCGAACGCAUCUGGGUGGUGAAGGACACGAAUGAGGAGGUCAAGGCGUGGGUGGAGACGGCGAAGUGGAAGCGCGAUGUGCUGUCUCGCCCGUGGCAUUUGACUCAAGCCGAACGGGACGAGAUCGAUGCGCGGAUCCAAAAAGAUAGCGAGAAAGAGCGGGAGCGGUCGCAGAAGAAGCACGCCCACAACAAGCAGUACGAGGAGCGGAAGAAACGAAAGUUCGAAAAGGACGAGCGUAGGCGCAAGCGCGAGGAGGAAUUGUACAAUGCCGGCGCGCUGCCAGGGAGUGGCAGCAUCCCGCCACGAAUUACGGACUCAUGAAACGAGCGGCAGACCAACCUCCACCAUACGAGACCAUAGGACUACCGCAAUCACGCUACGAGAGAGAUGAUGACCCUGAUACCAGCACGUGUGAAUUAUCCGCAUGAAGCGGGUAGAGGUGACCCUGGGAAUUCUGAUCUCACCUUGACGCGUCGAAACGUGCCUUCGCUACGUCAUUGACUUUCGAGGGUGCCUGACCAGAUCAGCAUAUAAGAAUAUCCACAUAGCAACACAACAAACACCAUCCA